CAAUGCUGAAUAAGUCAUCAUAUGCCUUGGACAUGACAGUGUUUUGGACUGCAGUGAUGCUUGUAUUAUCAGGUAUGUGUGUAGGUGAAGGUAUUUUACCCCCGGGACCCUUGAGCGGAGCUGUAGCAGGGGCAGUGAAGUUCACCACCACCCUUAGACCUCCCGAGAAUCCAUUCCUGUCUGUAAGCUGGAGCUUUAAAGGGGCGAACAUAAUCACCUCCACCAGCGUCGACAUCACUGAACCUGGACACGUCAACAGGAUCUCAUUAGACCGAGCCACAGGGACCCUGGAGCUCAGGAACCUGGUGCUGGAGGACAGCGGGGAGUACACUGUCACCAUCAUUCCAGAUGCAGGGCUGCAGAAACAAGGGAAGGUCACUCUGAAUGUGUACGCACUGAUAUCCAAAGCCACCAUCCGCAGCCCUGCAGCCAUCCUGAUAGAAGACAGAAGCUCCACUAACCUCACCUGUGAGGCCUCUGGCUCCAUUACCACCAGAGUGUGGAUAAAAGAUGGCCACCCUCUUCUUCCCAGUGACAGAGUCAGCUUCUCCAUGGACAACAGGACAGUGUUCAUACAACCUGUUCACAGCUCCAACCAUGGCACCUACCAGUGUCAAGUUAGCAACCCAGUCAGCACCAUGACUGCAGCCCAUAAUCUCACUGUCAACUUUGGACCACAUAACAUAUCAAUUAUUGGACCUUCAGCAGCUCCACCAGGCUACAGAGUGGCACUGCUGUGCACCACAGCUUCUGUCCCACCAGCAAACUUCAGCUGGAUGUUUAACGGCAAUGAGACGCAUGUCAACAACUCCUUGUACGUAAUAGAAAGGUUAGAUGCAGAAGACACUGGGAAUUACACCUGCACGGCAAGAAAUAUGGUGACAAUGAUGGAAAACUCCACAGUUAUGAGCCUGAAAGCAUCUUGCACUGCUCCCUGCUGGUCGUUCCUAGUGUUGGUCAUCAGUGCACUGACUCUAAGAGAGUUUAAAUAACAGGAAGUCGCAGCUUCUCUCCCUGGAGGACCAGAAUGUCAACAUGUCAAAAUGUUAUUUAGACCAAACAGACCUUGAUGAUUUAAUAAGUUUGAUCAUUAUGUCUGUGGCUCACUUUGGUAUAAGUCAUCUAAUUUGUUCAUUAAAUAGACUUAUGAAGAAGUGUUUUAUUAAUACAACGUACAAACAUAAAGCUAUUAUCAAAUCAAUCAUGUCUUUGGCUUUAUUGUUGAUUUAUAUCUCACAUACAUCGUGUAUUAUGGUCCAUAUAUUGGAUGUCAGAGUGUAAUUAAAGUCUGUGUGUCUAUGUGUCAA